CGUCGCUGGCGGUAGUUCGGUUGCAACUGUCAAAGGUGGAAAAUGCCACUGUGUUUUCGCUUUCCCAUCGAAAUGUUGCCCUAAUUUUUAUUUCGGGAAUUUAGUGAUAAUUUCUGCACGAACUCGAACAAAUUUUACCGCAAAGUGUGCAACAAUGUACAAUUGAUCGGUUGACGGUGAAUUUCAGUGCGCGGAAGUGUUUUCCAGUUCGAUAGAAGAAGAUUUCUUGCGGUCGCGAGUGAAGUGAACCCCCUCUUCUUCACUUCCCACCCGCGGGCCUAUUUCGCUAAUCGAUUUGGGAAGGGAGAAACUACGAUUCUUUAUUUGGGGGUAAAAAUUCUUGAAAAGUGUGCCUCUCGGAGGAGAACACGGCAAAAAUGACGCCGCAACCGCUAGAACAGGGAGGAGCCGUAGCCAGCUUCAUCCCGACCGGGCAGGAAAUGGCCCAGCGACAGAAUUUGAUUCCGCUCGGGCGGCUGAUCGAUUUCAUUAUCCAGAGGACGUAUCACGAGCUAACGGUACUGGCGGAAUUAUUACCCCGUAAAACCGACAUGGAGCGGAAGAUUGAAAUCUACAACUUUUCCGCCAGUACCCGGCAGCUCUUCAUCCGGCUCUUGGCUUUGGUCAAAUGGGCCAACUCCGCAUCCAAGGUGGACAAAUCGGCCAAAAUCAUGGCCUUUCUGGACAAGCAGUCGCUGCUGUUCAUGGACACGGCCGACAUGCUGUCCCGGAUGGCCCGCGAAACGUUGGUCAAUGCCCGGCUGCCGAACUUUCACAUUCCGGCGGCGGUGGAGAUUCUUACCACCGGAACUUACUCCCGGUUGCCGUCGAUCAUCCGGGAAAGGAUCGUCCCGCCGGAUCCGAUCACUACGCUGGAGAAGCGUCAGACCUUGCAGCGGCUCAAUCAGGUCAUCCAGCACCGGUUGGUCACGGGGAAUCUGUUGCCUCAGCUGAGGAAGUUCAAGAUCGAAAACGGACGGGUGACCUUCAAGGUGGAUCAUGAAUUCGAAGUGUCGCUAACGGUUAUGGGCGACGGUCCGAACAUCCCCUGGCGCUUGCUGGACAUCGACAUUCUGGUGGAGGACAAGGAAACCGGGGACGGAAAAGCCUUGGUCCACACCCUGCAGGUUAACUACAUUCACCAGUUGAUUCAAGGCCGGAUCGUGGACAGCCCGGAUGCAUUGGCCGAAGUCUACAAUUGCCUGCAUUACUUCUGCCAAUCGCUCCAGUUGGAAGUUCUGUACACCCAAACGCUGCGUUUGAUGCGCGAUCGACUGGAUGAUCACAUUCACGUUGACGAGUACAUUCCGGGAACCAAGCUGACGGUGUCCUACUGGCGAGAGUUGACCAACAAAGAUCCCAAAUCGGAGCUCGGCUAUCGACUGAUGAUUCAAACUGAUCAGAGUGAUACCACCAAACAGCUGGCGAUCUUGCACCUUCCCUCGAUCGGUACCAAGGAAGUGGACAUCGCCGAUCGAGCCGUUCGUUCCGAGCUGCUCUCCAUGGAGCGACUGCUCGUUCACACGGUUUACGUACGAUCCUUGGCCCGCCUGGGCGACCUCAAAACCGAACUGCAACUCUUCCUCAAGGAUGUCGACUACAGCAUCCAGGGAACGCCGGCGAUGCUGCUGGUUCCGGUCCUGAACCCCUGCCUACGAGCCGAACACAUCUAUAUCACCGUAGAUACCCACACCGGAAUGCUCCGGUGUCACGUUCCGAAGCACCUGGACUGCCCGAUAAUGCCGGAGUUGCAGCACGCGCUGAACAACGACCGCAGUAAGCUGCAGCACCUGUUCUCGGAGUUGCGCUACUGGAUAACGCAGCGGCGGUGCGAGAAGACGCUGCAGCAUUUGCCGGCGACCACGCAGGAGCGGUUGCCGUUGGUCUUCCCGGCGGAUCAUCCGAUCGAGAAAAUUGGCCCCCAUCGGGUGUACAUUCAGAUGUGCCGGCAUGCGAAUGUUAUACUGAUCGUCGAACUCAAAGAGAAGGAGUCCAGUCCCAAUGAAAUGACCUACACGUUCUACCUGGUGCUGGUGAAGCCAUCCUCCAUGGAAGACAGCCAAUCGUCGGACCCGGAUCAGCCACCGGCAUCCACUGCCGCAUCCGCCAAUCAAUCGGGCCCGGGUUCCGUUCCUCCAGGAGGUCCUCCGAGCGUGUCCAGUGUUACGGCUGGCGGAACUUCGCAAUCAUCGGCCCCUUCGGCCGCCGCCACGGAAAGUGAUGGAAUGCCAAAAAUGUACCUCAAAGUGUUAUCGUUGAUCGAGUUCGACACCUUCGUUGCUACCCAUGGACCCGGAACGUACGUUGAUGAACAAACCGUUGGAUCGAAACGUAAACUGCUUACCGGAGAAGGACCUUCAGCUAAGCAAUCCAAGACCAUCUACCCGGCGUACUUCAUCCCGGAGCUAGCGCACGUUGUGGCCAUGUGCGACGAGAAGCUGCCGUUCGUGGCCCUGGCCAAGGACCUGACGCGCCGUAAGAUUCCUCACGGCGGCGUCCAGGUAGAGGCCAAUGCAACCUCCUUGGUGCUGAAGCUGCUGACGCUGCCUCAACCGAAGCCUCCGGUAAUUCCGGUGUCGAGCAGUGCAGCAGCAGCGGCCGCAGCUCAGUCCGGACCGGAUCAGAAACCACCGGAACCGAAGGUGGUCAGCGUUCCCAAGAUCGACAAGGACGUCUGGAAUGCGCUGCUGAAACGUCUGCUCUCGGUGUCGGUUCGCGCCCAGAUCAACAAGAGCAUCCAGACUCGGAUGUGGACGGUGGAGUUGGUUUUCUAUGGAACUCCGUUGGCCAGUGCGCAUCAUAAAGAGCAGGGAAUGCGGCGUGCGGUUUACCUGACGUACGACAUGCUUCCCGUCGAUUCGGUUGACAAGUUCGUUGACAUGAUACUGAACGACUGGUCCAAGAUCGUCUAUCUGUAUACAUUGGUUCAUGACUUCCGCGAGCAGAUCAAGAACGACAAGUACAACCUGCACAACAUUGUGACCAUCAAGUCCUACAGCUACACAAGCCUUCUUUUGGCUUACGGCCCGAACAAGGAGGUGAACGUCAACAUCUACUGGGAUACGGAGGCCAAGGAGUUCAAAAUGGUGUUUACCGGAGGCAACAACGCCAUCAAUGCACAUUCUAUGAUGCGAGAUCAGCUGCAGGCUCACUUGAAUCACAACUAUGACCUAGCGCAGAUUGUCUAUCUGCUUCACGAGACCUACCAACCACUUUCGUCUAUUGCUAAACUACCGAUCAUACCACACCUGGCGAUCCUGCAAUCUCCCAAGAUCCCCGUUCUGUCGUUCUGCAUCAUUCCGCAAUCACCUACCCUGUUGAGAAUUUCCUUCCAAGGAGUGUACUGUCUCGAGGUACGUCUCCGCGGAUCCGGACUUUGCUCGAUCCGAGACGGCGCAUACAGCCGCUUCGAUCGAAGUCACGUCGUUGAAGAGUUCACUCCAACCCAAGGCCUGAAAGGCUUCCUGUCCAAGUACGUAGACGAAACGGCCGUCUACCGACGCCGAUCGCAAUCAGAAGAUGACAACCCACCGUCCCCCAUCACCAUGGAAGACCCCCACGGUGGACCGGCAUCCGUUGGGUCCACCUUCCUCAGUGGCGGAGCCAUGCGUGGCCCUCAGAGCCCUCGCGAUCCAGGACUUCGCUUCGCGGCUCCUCUAACGCCACCCUCGGGAUCUAACCCACAUACUCCGGCCUCACCGCAUCCCCAGGGCAUCGGAGGCAGCCAGAGUCAUCCGAACUUUAACAUGACCUCCCCACCGGCUCCACAUAUGCCACAUCCUUCGCCUAGCGGCGGCCUUAUGCCAUCGUCACCGCUGAACCCUCAGCCCAGCCCCAUGGCUGCACAUUCCCCGGGACCAACCAACCUACCGUACAUGUCCGGCCACACCGACAGUCCGUUCAGUGCUCAUUCGCCGGCAGCUUCCAACUGGCCAGGAUCACCUGGCAUGCCAAGACCUUCGCCCCGACCGGGACAAAGCCCGGACCAUAAGGCACAGACUCCCCACCACAACACAUCGCGAGUACUUCCGGCUCGAUCGUGGGCCGGCGCCAUACCCACCCUACUGACGCACGAAGCUCUGGACACGCUGUGUCGUGCCACGAUCCACCCACAGAAGGAGAUCCCUGGACCGGAACUCAGCCCACUGGAACGGUUCCUUGGAUCGGUGUUCAUGCGCCGGCAGCUACAGCGAAUCAUCCACCAAGAAGAUAAUUUGACGGCCAUCACAUCCAACGAGCCGGGCGUAGUGCUCUUCAAGGCCGACAACCUGCAGUACCAGGUGUUCCUGAAUCCGAACCACAUGCAGUCGCUGCACAUGAAGGUCAGCCAAGCGCCGAUGGCCCCGACCAUGGACGGUAAGCCACCGUACCAGUGGCCACCGGAAGAUCUCCAAAUCCUGGAGCAGUUCUUCGAUCAACGCGUGGCCGCACCACCAUACCGCCCGGCCGUCGUUACCAGCUUUACCCGGAUGCUGAAUCUCCCGUCGCAGGUGAUGAAGGACUUCAUCCAGAUCAUGCGCCUGGAUCUGAUCCCCGAGCUGGGCCAGGGCAACAAGUGGAACGUGCAAUUCAUUCUCCGUAUGCCACCGUCGGCAACGCCGAUCGUCCCCGUUGGAACCACCACCAUCCUGUCCCAUCGGCAGAAAAUCCUCUUCUUCAUCCAAAUUACCCGCGUUCCGUAUCUGCCGAAUAUGGAGCUGAAGGACUCGGUCACCAUGCUGUUGCCGAUGGUUUACGACAUGACCGUGAACCACACCCAGCUGGCGGAACGCCGGGAACAGGUCAUCCCGCAGCUUACCAGCGCCGUCAGCGCUCAUCUGAGACGUUUCGUCGAGUGCACCGUGCUUCAGCCGGGCGAAUGCUCUCUCUUCCCGGCCGUACGGGAUCUGCUCAUGAACCUAACCCUGCCGAACGAACAACCCCCGCCAGGGCAGAUGGGCAACCAGUCUAAAUCCUUCCCACAGAUCGGAGCGAUGGGUGGAAUGGCACCGGGAGGUCCUGGUGGCCCUGGUCCCAUGGGAGGACAAAUUGCACCAUCUCCGGUUGGGGGCCAAGUCGUAUCCAGCCCGAAUCCGAUGAUGCACUCGCCGAUGCAGAUGGGAGGCGGUGGCCAGCAGAGCAACUAUGGCGGAAUGGUUGGCGGAGGGGCACAAUCCGGCGGCCCAGGAGGUCCCGGGGCCGGUGGACCGAACUGAGGUUACUGAAGGGUGACUCAAAGUUAUCGAAGGUGUUUAGGUCUCCUAGGAUAAGUUUCUAUCAUAUACACAUUAUAUUAGCGCACUGCAGAUUUUACUAACUUUAACUAACGUAUCAGAUCCUGCGAGAGUGAAUAAUCAAAACGAAGAGCUCAUAGUGCAUAAAAAGUAAUAAAGUAUUCUUCGUAAACAACUUUAAAUAACUUA